UGAGCGAUUCCGCAUACUCAUGGAGACAGCAGAGCCGAUGUUUACGAUGCCCAGCCGUGAGCAUCUGAGUAAUGUGCUCCUACCGCAGUGUUCAGCCAGUGUUCAGACAUCGUUGAAGACCCAGUUACAACAGGUGGAGAAUCUGUGUCUCACCAUCGACCUGUGGUCCAGUAACGACACGAGGUCAUUUAUUGGUGUGGCUGGCCACUUCAUCCUAGACCACACAAAGAACAGCGUUAUGCUGGCAUGUCGCCGCUUCAGAGGUUCUCAGACGGCAGACAAUAUCUACGACAUGUAUCAAGAGACGCUGACCUCCUAUGACGUGGCAGGCAAAGUGUCCGCCAUAGUUACUGACAGCGCAGCAAAUAUGGUGAAGGCGUUCACACUAUUCCCAGUAAAGCAACAUGAUGAGGACGAGGAUGACCAGUUUGAGGACAGUGAUCUGACACCAACUGAUUACAAUACAAAGUACGACCACCUACCCCCUGACCGAAGUCCAUGCUUCGCCCAUACAGUUCAACUAGUGGUGAAAGACGGCAUGGAGCAUGAUGGCCAGGUAAAACACGUUCUCACUAAGGUAUCCAAGCUCGUCAACUUCUGUAUGAGAUCAACAGUGGCUACAGAAGUGCUCUCACCUCAACUCAAUCUCCAGAUGGCAACUUGUACACGCUGGAAUAGUCAGUUGACUAUGAUGAGGUCGGUACUCCGUGUAUCACCUCAAGUGUGGGACAACCUUGAUACUCCCUACAAACUGAACCAAUAUGAACUCAACACCGUCAAGGAGCUCUGUGAUAUCCUCGAGCCGUUCAAGUAUGUCACUGAUCAGAUUCAGCGACAGCACACGGUGACAUCCAGUCUGGUGGUGAACUGUGUCCGUGGCCUUCGGGCUACUUUAGCUAGUCUUCGUGAAGUGUACAAUAGUAAGCUUGUCUCAACACUUCAAUCCUCAGCUGAGACUCGCCUGAGUAAGUUUGAGUCCAUGGAGAUUUUCCAACUCGCUGCCACCUUAGACCCACGCUACAAGCUGGACUGGUGCCGUGACGAUGAAGUCCAAAACAUCCGUGACCUGCUGACUCAGAAGUACAACGACAUGGCAGCCAGUGUCAGUCGUGCAGACACUUCAACUGCUGAACCACCACCGAUGAAGAGGAACAAGUUCUUCGCCCUGGCCAACCGAUCCUCAACACCCAGACCGACUCCCUCCGACUCUGAGGUCUCUCUGUACCUCAGCCAGCCGUGUCUGCCAGAAGAUGUCGAUCCUCUUGACUACUGGAAGGCCAAGCACCCCGAAUUCUCAGUCCUCACCAGGCUUGCGUCACGAUACCUGGCCAUCCCUGCUACAUCAUCUCCCGUGGAACGACUGUUUUCCAAUGCUGGCAAACUCUUCAGGCCAGAGAGAUGCAACCUGAGCGAUAACCGCUUUGAACAACUCAUGAUGAUCAGAUGUAAUCCUCAUGUUCCUCAGUAAUCUAGACUCUAGCAUAAUGAGUAGUAGUGGUCAAAAAUUU